AUGAAACCUGUAGAACCGCCCUAUCCAAGAAGGUGUGACCCAAAUGCUAAGUGCGAGUAUCAUGGUGGUGGCAUUGGUCAUUCGACAAAGAAUUGUAGGGCAUUAAAGUUCAAAGUGCAAGACUUAAUUAAUGCUAAAUGGCUGAAUUUCAAGGAGGAUAACCCUAACAUUAGGAGUAAUCCCCUACCCGGGCAUAAAGGAUUGUCGGUAAAUGCCGUCGAGGAAGAGUCUGCACAUGUUUUAAAGAGAAAAGUUGAAGACAUUACCACUCCUUUUAAGGUUAUUUUUGUUGAGUUAUGCCAGGCUGACUUGAUCAAGGGUUUUGUACAUGAAGAAAAUAUGUGUGAUUUGCACCCUAACGCAUACCACUCCAUUGAAGAUUGUGAAGAAUUCAAGCAUGUUCUGCAAACCCUGAUGGAUAAGCAUUUGGUCCAAAUCGGGCACCCUAAAGAGAAAAAUGAAGUUUUGACUGUUGAUGAACAAUCACUAACCUUCCCGAAACCUUUGGUCAUUCAUUACACCAAGUGUGUGGAUACCCAAACUACCAAUGGACCUAGACUCAUCACUAUACAAGUAUCGGCUCCAUUCCCUUAUAGGGACAACAAAGCAGUACUAUGGAGGUAUGAUGCAAAGGUUUAUGUCGGCAAUUUUAAGGAAAACCAAACACAUGGUGUCAAUUCUGAUACUCUCGCCGUCUCAAACAUUGCUGGUGUUGGUGGGAUGACCCAUAGUGGUCAUAUUUAUACACCUGAGGAGUUGAGAAAAGAGCGAGCAAAAGAGAUAGAGAGAUCCUCAAAGGGGAAAACUAAAUUGGGUGAGUUUGAAUAUGCUGACGAAGAGAAAAUGCCUGAAAUAAAAAAGACAGUAUCUAAUGAAGAAGCUUGUGAGUUUUUGAAAUUUAUUCGACAAAGUGAAUAUCAAGUUGUGGAACAGUUAAACAAAACUCCACUAAGGAUAUCUCUUUUAUCGCUGUUGCUGAACUCUGAGCCACAUAGGAUGAUUCUUUUGAAAGUGUUGAAUGAGGCUCAUGUCAGCCAUGAUAUCACUACCGACAAGUUUGGAGGCAUUGUUGGUAAUAUUGUUUCAAACAAUUAUCUCACCUUCAUUGAUGAUGAAGUACCUGGUGAAGGAAUGGGGCAUAAUAAAGCACUGUCUUCUUUGAAUGUGAUGUCAAAAGCAACAUUGUCAAAAUUACCUUGUGAUGGGUCGCAUAUGAAACCCAGUGCCAUGAUAGUAAGAGCUUUUGAUGGAACAAGAAGAGAGGUCAUUGGAGAAAUUGAAAUUACAAUCCAAAUUGGUCCUUGCACUUUUCAGAUUUUGUUUCAAGUAAUGGAUAUCGCGCCAGCUUACAGCUAUGUGUUGGCAAGUAAGCCUUCGUCCACUCCUUAUAUUGAAGCUGUUGAAGAAACUCUAGAGACCUCUUUUCAGGCUUUAGAGAUUGCGAAUGCUACUUAUGUUGGAGAGGGAGCUCCAAUCUUAAAGCCUCGAUUGUCUAAUACAUCCAUAAUGACUGCUAAAGUCAUGCUUGAUGGAGGUGGUCAGUAUAGAUACAUGUUAGGGCAAGUCAUAUCGAAAGCAACAAACUGGUUACAGCUCCAUGAGAAUAAGGAUAGAUUUGGGUUGGGAUACACGCCCACUAAAGCUGAUAAGAGAAAAGUCAUGGAGGAAAAGAAAGAAAGAAGAUUAGUCAGGUUGGAAGACUCAGUAGCUACUACUAAUGUGGGUGCACCUGAAGAAGAGGUUGUGGACCUAGUCCACACUUGUCCGCCGAACACAGAAGGUGGCUAUUGGGAGAUCAUCGAGUUACCUGUGAUUUUUAAUAGCUAUUCAAAAUCCGAAAGUGACAUGUCUGAAAGUAACAGUGCUAAUAUCUCAUCCACUAAUUUUGAUUGUCCCAUUAAUCAAGUUGUCGAAGAUGAUAGUGAUGUUGAUUAA